AUGGCCGACGAGGAAUACAUCAUUUUACAGUACAAUAAUCUGACACGUCCUUCUGCUUGCUUCCCCCGCCAACCGACAUCCUCCCUGCCACAAGUGUCCUCCAGUCCUCCCUGCAACAAGUGUCCCCCAGUCCUCCCUGCCACAAGUGUUCUCAAGUCUUCCCUACCACAAGUGUCCUCCAGUCCUCCCCGCCACAAGUGUUCUCAAGUCUUCCCUACCACAAGUGUCCUCCAGUCCUCCCUGCAACAAGUGUCCCCCAGUCCUCCCUGCCACAAGUGUUCUCCAGUCUUCCCUACCACAAGUGUUCUCCAGUCCUCCCUGCCACAAGUGUUCUCAAGUCUUCCCUACCACAAAUGUUCUCCAGUCAUCCCUGCCACAAGUGUCCUCCAGUCCUCCCUGCAACAAGUGUCCUCGAGUCCUCCCUGCCACAAGUGUUCUCAAGUCUUCCCUACCACAAGUGUUCUCCAGUCCUCCCUGCCACAAGUGUUCUCAAGUCUUCCCUACCACAAAUGUUCUCCAGUCAUCCCUGCCACAAGUGUCCUCCAGUCCUCCCUGCAACAAGUGUCCUCCAGUCCUCCCCGCCACAAGUGUUCUCAAGUCUUCCCUACCACAAGUGUCCUCGAGUCCUCCCUGCCACAAGUGUUCUCAAGUCUUCCCUACCACAAGUGUCCUCCAGUCCUCCCUGCCACAAGUGUUCUCAAGUCUUCCCUACCACAAGUGUCCUCCAGUCCUCCCUGCCACAAGUGUUCUCAAGUCUUCCCUACCACAAGUGUUCUCCAGUCCAUCCCACUACAGGUGUUCUCCAGUCUUCCCUGCCACAAGUUUUCUCCAGUCUUCCCCGCCACAAGUGUUCUCCAGUCCACCCCACAACAGGUGUUCUCCAGUCUACCCCGCCACAAGUGUUCUCCAGUCUACCACGCCAAAAGUGUUCUACAGUCUUCCCCGGCACAAGUGUUCUGCAGUUCUCCCCGCCACAAGUGUUCUCAAGUCAUCCAUGCUAAAAGUGUUCUCCUGUCCUCCCUACCACAAGUGUUCUUCAGUCCUCUCCGCCACAAGUGUUCUCCAGCCUUCCCCGCAACAAAUGUUCUCCAGUCAUCCAUGCUACAAGUGCUCUCCAGUCAUUCAUGCUACAAGUGUUCUCCACUCCUCCCUGCCAAAAGGUGUUCUCCAGUCUCCUCCCUGGUGUUCCCCAGUCCUCCCUGCAACAGUGUCUCCAGUCUUCCCUGCCACAAGUGUUCUCCAGUCUCUCCACGCCACAAGUGUUCUCCAGUCAUCCCUGCCACAAGUGUUCUCCAGUCUCUCCAGUCCCCUGCCACAAGUGUUCUCCAGUCCCUCCCUCCAGGUGUUCUGCAGCCCUCCCCAACAAGUGUUCUCCAGUCUUCCCCUGCCACAAGUGUUCUCCAGUCCUCCACGCCACAAGUGUUCCUCACAGCGUUCACCAGUCCCUCCCUGCAACAAGUGUUCUCCAGUUAUCACUGCCACAGGUGUUCUUGUAGUUCCCUGCCACAGGUGUUCUACAGUAAUCCCUGCCAGCCAAGUGUUCUCCAGUCCCUCUGUUGCAAAUGUUCCAUAUUCCCUCCAGUUCUCCACGCUCCACAUAUUCCCCUGUUCUCCAUGCUACACAUAUUCCCCAGUUCUCCACGCUACACAUAUUCUCCAGUCCUCUACGCUACACAUAUUCCCCUGUUCUCCAUGCUACACAUUUUCCCCAGCUGGGCAAGUGGACAAUGUAAUAUGUUGCGUUCAGAUCAUGAAAGCCUGCAUGACAUUGUGUUCACUGGUGACAUAAACUUUGCCAAGUUUGCCAAGAUAAGAGUGACAAAACCGUUUACAUAUCUCUUCUAA